CGAGCGGGCGGGCAGGUGUGAGCGGCACCGGCCGGGGGGGACCGGCACCGCGGGGUCGGGGGGUCUCCGGUCGGGACCGGUUCCGACCGGUUCGGGCCGGUUCCCCUCCCUCCCCGCCCGGCGCGGCGCGAUGAGCGCGGAGCUGGACGGCGUGUCGGUGCACUCCUCCUCCUCCUCCUCGGGUUCGCUGGGGUCGGUGGCGGCGGCGGUGGGGCCGGUCCCGGUGCCGGUGCCCCGGCCGCUGUCGGCUAACGUGAGGCGGCUGCACCAAGCGUUGACGGCGCUGCUGAGCGAGUCGGAACGGGAGCGCUUCAUCCUCUGCCUCAACGCCUACCACGGCCGCCGCAACGUCUGCGACCUCGUCCGCUCCCUCCGAGCCCUCCUCGACGGGCCCCGCCGCCGCCAGCUCCUGCCGCUCCUCCGCCUCGUCCUGCCCCGCUCUGACCAGCUCCUCUUCGACCAGUACACCGCCGAGGGGUCCUACCUGCCCCCUCCACCCCCCCUCCUCCCUCCGGCCCCCGCCCCGCCGCCGGUGGUCCCCGGGGAGCUGCGGCAGGUGACCCUCCGGCGGAGCAAAGCCCACGAGGGGCUGGGCUUCAGCAUCCGCGGCGGGGCCGAGCACGGCGUGGGGAUCUACGUCUCCUUGGUGGAACCGGGCUCCCUGGCCGAACGGGAGGGGCUGAGGGUCGGCGAUCAGAUCCUGGGUGUCAACGGCAAGUCCUUGGACAGGGUGACCCACCUUUUUUUUUUCCAGUGA